AUGGAAUGGUUAUGGCGCGGUGCAAGUGGUGCCCUGUUCAAACUCACAGAAAUGUUGAUGCUAUCCACACUGCACGCCCUGCUCGCACAGGUCCUGUCUCCGCCUCAUCUGCACACCGCCGUUCUUCUCACACCCGCAGGCGAGCUUGUCUCUUUUGCAAGCGAGCCCUCGCGCCCAAAGGACGAAAUCCGAAUCAUCGUCGGUUUGUGUGGAGAGGUGUGGCAGGAGACCAGAGAACAAGGAUAUGGCAUGGUCGACAGCGAGCUCGGCAGAAUCAUUGUUCUUCCAGUGGACGAGUUUACCGAAGGGCCCGAACCCGUUUUCUCAGAAGAACAUCAACCACUGAUGUUGAUCGCCUUGAACGCGACAGAUGCAGUCGAGUGGGAAGAACUGCAGACAAAGGGAAAGGCCCUUGCCACACACUUUGCAAAGCCUCUGAGCAAAUUCCGAGACCUUGUAACUGUGCGCAAGUCCUCGAUGGGUACGACGACAGCCAUGUCACCCGCGCCUGCCCUUACGCGCUGUCAACGACGAAAUCUCUCCGUCUUGGCCCAACAUCUCGAGCCAACUGCAAAGUCACGACCGGAACCUAUUUCAAACCAGCAUGACCUCCCAAAAACGCGCCAGCGGCCAGAUCCCUACCUCCUCGUCGCCUCAGAACUCACUCAUGUACGAAAAAACAUGCUUAACCUCCUGGGUUCAGCGCAUCCCGGACUAGCCGAUAUGGCAGAGUACUAUUUCCUGCAUCCUUCAAAGCAACUUCGCUCUUUGCUGGUGCUGCUAUUUUCACAUGCGACAAAUGGCCUGGGGCAGGACUGGGAACAAAAACAGUGGGAUGCUGCGUAUGAGUCCAGUUCAGGUCAGCUAGAGGUGCUCGAUCGCCCUUUGCGGCUUCCUGAAACCCUCAAUGAAUGGAAUCCUAGCAUGCCGGACCACACGAAAUCAUUCGAGGAUGUGUUUGCAUUGCAGAGACCAAUACCACCGCCAGCACCGCCGCCACGAGCACCCCUCCAUAACAUCCCUCCAUCGCUCAUCUCGCCGCCCCUGCUUCUUCCUACACAAAUACGGCUAGCGCAGAUUGUAGAAAUGAUUCAUGUGGCAUCAUUGCUGCAUGAAACGAUCGCCUCAACUGCAGAAGAAGAGCAAAAUGGCUUUGGGAACAAACUGUCAAUCCUGGGAGGGGACUUUUUGCUAGGACGUGCCAGUACGGCUCUGUCACGUCUUGGGGAGAGCGAGGUUGUCGAGCUUGUCGCGAGCGUCAUCUCAAACCUGGUCGAGGGAGAGAUCCUGAGUAUGCAACAAGUCAAGACGCCCGAGCUGGGUAUCCUACAGGGACCUACAACGCUCUCGGCUGCGUGGGAACUUUACCUCCGAAAGACAUACCUCAAGACAGCCAGCCUGAUGGCAAAGGGGGCCCGUUCCGCCGUUAUUCUGGGAGGAGCUCUGGAGGGUGACAUCCGGAAAGAAGUUGCGUAUGCUUAUGGCCGGAAUUUGGGUAUGGCGUACCAACUUCUGGAAGAUUCGGAGAAUCUGAAAAAUAUCCAGCCAGGACUGGCUACUGGACCAGCUUUGUUUGCCUCCGAAGAAUGUCCUGAGUUGCUACCCCUUAUUCAACGUAAUUUCACGGCACCAGGUGAUGUGGACAUCGCCGUGGAUUAUAUCCAAAACACGACGGGCGUUGAACGUACAAGACUACUAGCCCAUGCGUAUGCUCAAAAGGCGCAAGAUGUGCUCCAUUUGCUACCGGACAGCGAAACCAGACAGGCGCUGGAUAUGCUCACAGAACUCGUCACUAAACCAACAUGGUGA